GUUAUAUACUAUUAUGUUUUUGAACCUUAACAAUAUUCUAAGGAUUUUUUUUAUUUAGAGCUCAAAUGUUUGUAUCAUUGUUGCAAACUUUUCUGGCUUUCCUGUUUGUAUCCUUUUCCUUGCUUUAGGAUGCUGCUUUAGAACCAAAAUGGAAGGCAUUCCAGACAGUUAUAUUUCUUGAGCGGGACGAUGGUCUCCAUGAUUCUGGUAAAAUUGCUGCUUUUGAUUUUGAUGGUUGUCUGGCUGACACGUCCGUUAAAAGAGUUGGUGCAGAUGCCUGGUCCCUUAUGUAUCCUUCAAUACCAGAGAAGCUGCAGAAUCUUUAUGAAGAGGGCUUUAAGCUGGUAAUCUUUACAAACGAAUCCAAUAUCGACCGCUGGAAGAACAAAAGGCUGGUAGCUGUGGACUCAAAAGUUGGACGUCUUAACAAUUUCAUCAAGCAAGUAAAGGUUCCGAUGCAGGUUUUUAUAGCUUGCGGGAUAGGCAGUUCUGGUGGUAAAGCUGAUGAUCCUUUCCGCAAACCAAAUACUGGGAUGUGGCAUAUUAUGGAGAAAAUUUUCAAUUCUGGCAUUCCAAUUGAUAUGGAUCAAUCCUUUUAUGUCGGCGAUGCUGCUGGGAGACCCAAUGAUCACAGUGAUGCUGAUAUAAAAUUUGCACAGGCGACAGGAUUGAAAUUUUACGUACCUGAGGACUAUUUCAGCACUUAGUUUUGGUUAGUAGCUGCUGAUGCACAACAUAGCGUAUGCUUCUCACUUAUCAGUGACUGACAUGUAGUACUUUAUUAGUUCUAAGCUAUCUGUAAUAUCUUUUUAACAGCAAAACCUGAACUCAAAUUGUGAUCGGAGGUUGUUAUGUUUUAGAUUGGUUCUUAAAUCUUAAGGACCAUUUUCCUUU